AUGUCUUUCCCAUAUUCCCAGGAUGCUCGUCGGCGGCGGGUUGGAGCUGGUACCGGCUUCAGCUCCUCGGGGCGACGGACCGUCAUGGGGUAUUGGGUGCCACUGGCUUUGACGGUCGGCAUCGCAACAAUUGGCAUAGCUGCGUGGAUUUGGAGCGAACGCAGUGAUGAUGACGAUAAUAAUGACGAAGGCGAAUACCCCCUGGACGACUCGAGGGAUGACCGGUACCCCCCGCCGGGCGCGGAGGGCACUCCAGUCGGCAUUGACGGCGGAUAUGCCAGGUCGACCGGGGCAGAUAUUCAUGGUGACGAUGUUGGUAUGAUGGCUCGUAUGCAGGGUGCUUUGCGGCGCACACCGAGCCCUCAGCAGAUCUUCGAUGGGGCUAGUAGACGGGUCGCGGCCGGUAUGGCUGCGGCGGGCGCAUUCAUGGGCAGCGCUCUCACAUCAAUACGGGAGGAGGAUCGCGGUGACUUUGAGGAUCACUCGCGAUGGUCCGAAGAGGUUCGGUCGAGGGCUACUCAGGGAGAAGCUCAACCUGCCGCAGCAGCUCCGACGAUGAGCGGAGCGCUUCCCACUCGCAGCGCGGUGAGCGGCCCUCCUGCUCUCGACAAAAAGAAGAAGACGGUAGCGAUUGUGGUCUCCUCCGAGUUGGCAAGUCACGACCCUGACGACUUCACUGAGCACGCGUCUAUUCUUUCUCACCUCCCUGAACAUGUCGACUCUGAGGCCGCAAAGAUCUUCGUUCUUAUCUAUGCGCCAGGCCUGAAGCAUGCACCUAACCAGGGUGGCUCAUCCAAUCCUACUCUCUCCGUCACCUCAUCCUAUUCUAACAUCGCUCCUGAGGAGGCCAGGUCGCCUGGGGAAACACCUAGCGGCGACCUGUCCACUCUCGAACCUCGCCCAGCUGAUGAGCAGGAAGGCGCUUCACCAUUGUUCCGCACUUUAUACACGCAGGCGCAGGCCAUUGUCGACAAGGAGAACACCAUCAUGCCGUUUAGCACUGCGACGGGAUACGUGCACCUUGUGCGCCAUCUUUCACCCGACAUUGUCUACGUCCAGGAGUCCUUGACAGGCAAACAAGGCGAUGCGGUGCAACACAUUUCUGGCUGGGUCAGACAGGUCGUGGUGGUAGUUGGAGACGAAGGCGGCCGAGGCGGCCUAAUCGACAGUGAAGAUGAAUCGGUACUUGCCGAGAAGGGUGAGAAGUGGUGGCAGAAGGAGGGGAUGACGGGUAUUGGCAAGCGAAUUGACGUGGUCGAUGUCCAUCGCACUGGUGAAGACUGGCGACGAAGAGUGUCUGGCCACGACUGA